AGGCCAAUGAUAUUGUUGCAAGGAAGAAGCACCCCGCGCCCGCUAGAAUAUUAUUAAGCCUUCACGAAUUUCCUAAGUGUUCGAGUACCUACGCAGCAGGAGCUUGGGACCACACUAAAUAAACAAAGCAAGCUGACACUCUGUUAUCAAUAGGAAGUCUGAAAUAACGAUCCCACGAUCUCGCUCAAAGCGAUCCUCGUACUGUUCCUCAGUACCCAAGAAAAUGAUCUGACGUUUAAUACUAGAGCACAAAUAUAUACAAGCGUUGAUAAUGUCGUUUUUUUUGUUAGACACACACUCACAGUAUCUUCUCACCAACCACGCCCAUCUUCAUUUGGCACAGGAGCGCAAGAAGUUUUUUUAGCCUUGACUUUUUGAAUAUUUAUUUAGCCCCACGCGACACGAAGAGUUUAUAAAUAUAAUCCUCAGUAGUUAAAAAAGAAGCUUCCAAUAGAAUCAAAGACAUAGAUAGCUCAGUAGUAUCACUUCUGUAGUUUCGCCACAACUAGACCUAGCGACCAUAUCUCAAAAAUAUUGUUCUGAAUUCCCCAUCACUCGCGCAAAAGGUAUUAGAUUUUUCGACUGCAAAGUUGAAUAAAGUUCGAAUAAAACGAAUACAAACAUCAUAGCUCGAGUAUUGUAAACCACAUUACGCUUACGCCUUCAAAUCCUACUAGUUUAGACGUUUCAUCUUUUUUCAAUUUUUCAUAUUGUCCUGUUUGGCUCUCUCGUAGAGGAGCGCAAAAGUUUGAAAAGAAUGCCGCGUCAUGGACAGCAUACGCACAAUAAACAUCCACGAGGUCGUGAGGACUCGCCUCGUGGGCGCGGAGGCCGUGAGGACUCGCCUCGCGGCGCAAGAGGACAAGACUUGCCAGCACAGCAGAGGCAACCAUCCGCAAGAAUCGCAAUAAAGACUACCACUUCCAGUAAACAAGUAGCAACUGAAGCAACAUCUGCAUCAACUUCUUCUUCAAGUACAACUAGCUUGAAGACCUCCGAAGACGUCUACCAACGCUUCUGUCAUGACCCUUGCCUAAUGGAAUUGACAUCACAAGUCCGUGUAGGCUAUGAAGAUCGUGUGGAGAAAACUAUGUUAGAGCUUUCUUUGGAGAAGUUUCGUCCGAUAAAUAAAGGUGGCGAUUUACCUUAUCAUCGGAUUUGGUACUUUCGAGUUCUGUAUCCGGAUUUUGAUGGCGAUGUUGCUGCUGCAGCAAGAAUAUAUGAGGGUCGUGAAGACGAGGGGGGAGUGGGAGAAGAGGGGGAACAAGAUGGACCACUUGGUGAGGAGCAGCAAAAUGAUGACGAUGUUGAGCAGCAAGUACAUGUAGACGUUGUUGAGCAAGACCCUGUUGACGAGGAUAAUGUUCAUGCUGAACAAAAUGUUCUUCCGCAGGAUGAGGACGAACGGGAAGUUGAAGAUGGUCUAGAGCGAGCUCCUCCACCAUGGACGCAAAAUGAGUUGAAGAAAGCUCGAGGACUUAUUUGGGAUCGAGCAGCGCGAUUUGACCUCGUUUUCAAAUCAGGAGACAACUACAACGCACCCAAUCUGCUACCAACGUGGGCAAAGAUUCAGCACGCAAUUGCCAAUACCAAACGCGUCGAGCAAGAAAAGGCUUAUUUGCUCCAACAGAAACAGGCAAAAAGGCAGCUAGCGCAACAAAAGUCAGUAUUUGCGAGGAGUAAUCAUGGUGCAGACAAGGACCACAGGCGUGAAGUUGGAGAAGCAUCAACAGAAUGCAAAUCAUCAUUGGAUGAUGCUAUGGUCUUGUUGAAGGGGAUCCCCGUCACGAAGCUUCAUCUAGCUCCAUCAGCUACUAUCUCUAGCUCUACGAACAAUGGCAAUUAUGAUCAUGAACUGCUCAAGCAGGAGCAACUUCGCGUAGUUUCUUUCAAUGUUUUGAUGGAUGCCUUUCUUACCGAAGAGCAGAAAAGACAGUCUCCUGGCCGUUGGCGUGCUUGUGUGAAAUUUCUGUUGAGUCUCGACGCUGAUGUAUGGAUCCUGCAAGAGGCUACAGCGGAGUUUGUUGCGAUAUUGAAGGAGACACUUUCACGACCUGGCGAGUACGAGUUUGAUAUCGAUGCUGGAUAUAGUCCGACUUUUCACAUGUGUUGUGCAAGCGACCUAAUCGUGGGUGGACAAGGAGGAUCAGGGGACACUACAAGCGGUACCACGAUGCUAAGUGAUGGAACCAACGAGCGAGAGCUAAGAGAUCGAAAAACCAAAGCGUAUGGUCAGGUCAUCGUCAGCCGUUCGGAAAUUCUCGCAGCCUGCGAAGUAGAGUUGGGUCCGGCAAAGAAAGCGGUAUUUGCUGAAGUAAAGGUGAGCUCACCGCAAACAAGCAUCCUGGUAGGGGCUGUGCAUCUGACUGCUAAUCACGAGGAAAAGAUUAUGGGAGGUCAACAAGAUCGACGUCAUACGAUAAAUACCUUGAAACGACUGGCGCAGAUGGAAAAGACUGGGCAGUUCCUUGAUAUGGUACUGAAGAACUCAGAUGGUCAUGCUGCGACUACACCUUUACCUUUAGCGGUUAUCGCCGGAGAUUUCAACGAAGACAGUGACUUGCUAGAUCUGUCUGAGGAGGAGCUGACGUCUCUUGCGAAAGAACGAGCACUAGAGAUCACGUCGUCCCGCCUGUCUUCACAAGAAGAGGAUCAACAUGUUGUCCUCGAUGUUCUUGAUCAACAUUUUUUAUUACAGUGUAAUAAUAUACGUCGCGAUCUAGAAGCUUAUAGAACAUCCGCAGAACGCGUUUUUGGGUUCUUAGGAGACCGCCAAAUGAGCGGGAAGGGGAACACGAACAGGAACAGUAACAGACUGCUGCAACUUAUGAGAACAAAUAGAAAGGCGACAGAUGAUAGAAGAGAUUGCGCCUCUACUGGACCAAGCUUCAACCCUGUAGAAAAUCCACUGGCCGAGCAAAAUUCACAAUCCAAUCCGUAUCCUAGACAACUGGACAAUUUUAUGCUGAGCAGGGACUACUUACGUCGAGGACAAGAAGGAGAACGACAACAACAAGCACAAAAUGAUUUAUCUUUAUCAUGUGGAAAAAUAUAUACUGCGCUGGCUAGAGGAGGUGAAGAGGGAAAAAUGAUCUUGUCUGACCAUGAAGCUGUGGUAUGUGAGAUUCCUUCAAUUCCUUCCGAAAAAAGCCAGUUGCAAAGACCACACGGUCGUGGUCCGGAGCUGUCCUCUGUCGUAGCACGCUUGGGAUCGGAGGCGUAUCGACGCAAAGUUCUACACUGGCAGGCGAGACAGGCUGAAACACAUAGAAACGUGGGCUUCUCGUGGUUUCUACCUGAUGGAGUGAUACCCGUUGGGAGCAGCGUAGGAGACUGUAGCAGCAACAAGGUGGCAACGACGAAUACAACUGCGAACAAGCUUGCAGAUUGUCUCUAUACAGCAACGUGCUGCGGUUCUUCAAAUACUAGUAGAGUUUUUGAAGAUUUGUCGGCCGCUGAUCAUGGUGAUGAAGACAACCUGACAUCGCGUUUUUUCCAGACGAUUUCGGACGUUAGGACAGAAGUCCACUCGACCUCCGAAGAACAUUCACAUUUGGCUUCGCGGCCCGUUAUUGAAGUCAUACCUCCAGUGAUUGACUUAUCACACGACAGGAUUCCGCCUUCUCUGGUUGAGCGGAUCCUCAAAUACGCUUUGUUUAACGUUUCGCCUCUCGCAUCGACCGAAUUCGAACUGGACAUUAUAAUUGUCGAUCACACUACCAACAGCAAGACCAACUACACAAAGAGGAAGACCAACUCCUAUAUCAUCGCUCUCAAAGCCGUCAACGAAACUCUGACGGCAUUAAAAGAGAUCCGGGAUGCCCUGGACGCUUUACUCCCACCGUCUCCUUCGGGCCCUCUGCGUGAUGCUAGAGAGAGAAAGUCUGGCUUUGAGCCGCGCCUAGUUUUGGCACAUGCAGAAUCUUUAGUCGAAGCUCAGACGCGCUUUUCGGAAGUGAAGGAGAAAUUGCUUCAGAAGCUGCAAUUGAAGAAGUGGUCCGAUAGAAGUGAUAGAAGUGCUGACGCAUUAAUCUUUCGAGGACCGCCACUCACAAGAAUAAGCGGCGUUCAAAGCAAGCACAGACAAGAUCACCGAGAUUUUCUCGGAAAUGGUAGCAUGGUGGAAGUGAGUUGCUUUUGCGAGGAUAUUCCACUAAUGGGCGACCUGGAUGCGGUUGCAAAAUCAGCAGGUCCCUUAGCGAAAAUGACAUCGGAACUUUUGGAGAAACAGAUGGAGAAGAUAGGAGAUGAGAAGAACUCUCAUCAACAGAGAACAGCAAUAGUUGGAUUUCGUCCCAUUGGAAGCGUCGCACUAGGGCUUCCCGCAGCAACAGCGCAUGAUUUGGAUUAUUGUUGCUUUUCUGUGAGUAAGGGGUAUCAUCAUGGCAAAUGCAUCUUGCCGAAUCUUGCAUCGUGUCCUGCAAAGGAUGAAGUGGAACUACAAGAAACCCAAAAUAGAGAACAACACGCGUCCAUGCUGAAUGAGGUUGCCGCACGCCUGAGGACAAGCACGCGCCCUGCAGCUGUCGAGUUUCAGCCUCCUGGCAGAGCAGGCAAAGGUGUGGCGCAAAACAAUCCUAGCCCUAGUAAACCUAACUCAUCUUCUAAAGAUAUGAGAAACAGAAGUAACGUAGUUGUCACCGCGUCACUCAGUGAGGAGCACGAGGUCGACGUAGCAGCUGAAGCACGGGUCCCAGUGUGCCGAUUGCAUGUUCGAUUUACGAAAGCAGAAGGACAACAUCUGGCUGCAGAACAUCAAGUACAAGAAAAUGCAAAACUAGCACAAAAAAUGACGAAGUUAGUGGAGAUUCAAGCUGGUCUCAAGGCCUUCGAAGCGCAUAUACGACUUCGCGAGCGCAUCUUGUCGAUCUGUGCCGCCUUUGGUUUUGAUUAUGUGCACGAUUUCCUUGGGGCCUUGUCGAGAGUGCGCCACUUAGCUCGCCAAGAACGACUCUGUGGGCCAGGGUAUCCUAACGGCCUGCAGUGGACCUUACUCGUUGCAGAUGCGAUACUGGUUGCUGGGUGGACGAACUCGAAGAUCUCGAAGAACCAGAAGAUGAAAGCCAAAGAACUAUCUCUAGGUGUAACGGGUGAUGAAGAUGAAAAGAAUCUUCCGUCACGAUCACCGUCAAUGAAAGCGACCAAUGGCAUCAAUGCGGAGAAGAUUAUUGAUAUUUUAUUUUACACUCUUCUUGGCACCACAGAAAAACGGGAAGCUGUUUUUGGCCAUGCGGAUGACUGGGUAGUUGUUGUGGAGCAGCAGAGCUUAACCUCCUCAACUACAACUAGAAGUUCAGACUUUGCUGGCUCAAAUAGUACUUCCUCCUUGAUGAAGAAUCCCACUGCUGCUUGUACACGUCCAGUCAUUCUUCAAGUGCUCGAGAGGAUGCAAACUAGCUGGUCUUCUGCCUCGAGUGGCCUUAAUGCCAAUGCUGGUGCUGGUGCAGGUAGAAGUCCUCGCGCAGUCUUUUCCAAAGCAUCGAACACACUCGAUUCGCUUUUGACGUUUAUCCUCCAAAAAGAGCCUGAAUUUGAAUGGGUUGUGGUCGCAAAGAACGAAAAGACAACCAGAGAUGUUGGGGACACAACAGAGACACCAACUUCUUCUAUGAAACCAAAUAUGAGCCAGAACGCUCAAGUUCAAGAGAAAAGCGUACUACAAGUUGCGGGUGAUCUUUUCCGUUAUGCUGUCGUUGUCAGGCCAUAUCCGGAAGUCUCCGACGGGGUGUACGUCUUUGGCCUUGUGUUUAACGAGAGUAAGCGAGACAGCAUCCUGCAUGUCUGCGAACAGUGGGGAGCAAAGCUAAUACGGACGCAGCAACUUGGAGAGUUAGUUGCGUAA